GGAACCGUUACAUGUAACUGGUCAGCAUACGGCCCCGGGGCGGGAAGCGCGUGAACUCAGGACGUCGACCGAAGGCGGAUACAACCAUGACCACGUGUUGACGUAGAGCCUGAAGGCCUCUUCUUGACUGGGAAGCAGUUUGACAGGAUGAUUUAAGUUCCACUUACUGGAAUUUACCAAACAGGCGAGGAGAAAAGUAUACACUAUACCGAAGUGGACAACAAAAUAAUCAUGAAGAAAAAGGUGCAAGAAGCAUAAACAGACAAAUAAGUUGUAAACAAACCUCUUUGGAGGAAGAAAAGGCUGAAUCAUUAUGCAACAGGUGGUGCUGGGGUUUCUCUCAGUGGGAUUGGAGGACGAUGGAGUCUAGCCUAGUAGACACACUUCAGUUUGUCUGGUGCAUGAUGCAACACGUAUGAAGAGCCGCCCUGUGAGCACAUGUGUGAUGACCCGCCUCUCCCUGGAAACCCCAUGGAGGACCUCACGGCGCCCAGCGGCGAGCGGCCUCCGUGUCGCACGCCGCCGCCGUCCGCCACGCCGGAGGCCCAGCUGACAUCUCCGGGGUCGGACGCGUACGCCAAACAGUGGGAGACGCCCAUGUGCCGCAUCUGUCACGACGGCGGCGCCCAGGAGGAGCUGCUGGCGCCGUGCCAGUGCUCCGGCACCUUGGCGCCGAUCCACCGCAGCUGCCUGGAGCGCUGGCUGUCGGCCUCCGGGACCAGCGCCUGUGAGCUCUGCCUCUUCCAGUUCACCGUGCACAGGAAGUCCAGGCCGGCGCUCGAGUGGCUGCAGAGCCCCGGUCAGCAGCGUGAGAAGCGCACCCUGCUGGGCGACGUGGCGUGCUUCCUGCUCAUCACGCCGCUCGCCACCAUCUCCGGCUGGCUGUGCCUCCGCGGCGCCAUCGACCACCUUCACUUCUCCAGCCGGCUGGAGGCCGUGGGCCUCAUCGCGCUGACCGUCGCCCUCUUCUCCAUCUACCUGUUCUGGACGCUGGUGUCUCUCAGGUAUCACUGCCGGCUGUACAACGGCUGGAGACGGUCCAAUCAGAGGGUGGUCCUCCUCCUGCCCGGGUCGCACGGCGCCGCCUCGCAGCGAGGGAAGCAGCCGGUGGUCGUCUGAGCCCGGCGCCGUCCCCCAGACGGGCUCUUAAAGGGACAGGCUCUCAUCAGGGCUCUCUUAAAGGGACGGGCUAUCAUUGGGGCUCUCUUAAAGGGACGGGCUAUCAUUGGGGCUCUCUUAAAGGGACAGGCUCUCAUUGGGGCUCUCUUAAAGGGACAGGCUCUCAUUGGGGCUCUCUUAAAGGGACAGGCUCUCAUUGGGGAUCUCUUAAAGGGACGGGCUCUCAUCAGGGUUCUCUUUAGGGGACGGGCUCUCUUAAAGGGACAGGUUUUCUUUAGGGGGACGGGGUCUCUUAAAGGGACGGGUUUCUUUGGGGUUCAGGGUCUCUUUGGGGUCUCUGCUGGUCUUCUGUUCUUUGCACUUUACAGCAGCUCUAGUCUUCCUGGAGCUGAGGUCACAUGUGUGAACGGCCGCGGCGAAGAAGCACGUAAAAAAAAGAUGGCGGCGGAUGGACUGCAGUAUUCUGAUGGACUUGAUUUCGGCCAAUCACACAACGGAAGGAGAAGCACAGUGGGCGUAACAGGAACUGCAGCGCGAGCGUGCCGAUGAUGAAGUGCGAUGAUGAAGAGCGAUGAUGAAGAGCGACCGGUGAACUGGAGGUGCCACUUGAAACAACAAGUAAACACCUGUGUAUGUCAGCAGCCACCAGAUUGGUGAGGUGCAUGAUGGGAAGUUAAGCCAGCGGUUCCAGUCUGAGGGUCGUGGUCCUGGUCUCUGGUCCUGGUCCUUGUCUCUGGUCUCUGGUCCAUCGGGACACGUAAACCAAAAGCUUUUAAAACCUGAAACAUGUUGGUCUGUUUUCAUUUGUGUGAUCAAAUAAAAUACAAUGUACAGCU